CCAGCCCCGCCCGCCGCCGGCGCAGUCGCGUCGCAGCCCGUCCCGGAAGGGCUCCUGUUUCCCAGCGUGCCCCGCGCGCUCCUUUCCGGCCGGUGCCCGGGCAGGCGUCGCUGAGAUGGCUCCCGCGAAGAAAGGCGGCGAGAAGAAGAAGGGGCGCUCUGCCAUCAACGAAGUAGUAACUCGGGAAUACACCAUCAACAUUCACAAGCGCAUCCAUGGCGUGGGCUUCAAGAAGCGAGCACCGCGCGCUCUCAAGGAAAUCCGCAAAUUCGCGAUGAAGGAGAUGGGUACUCCUGACGUUCGCAUCGAUACCAGAUUGAACAAAGCAGUCUGGGCUAAAGGAAUAAGGAACGUUCCUUACCGUAUCCGUGUGCGUCUCUCCAGAAAGCGCAAUGAGGAUGAGGAUUCCCCCAACAAGUUGUACACUCUGGUUACCUACGUACCAGUCACAACAUUCAAAGGUCUACAGACAGUCAAUGUGGAUGAAAAUUAAACAAAUUUUCAUUACAAUAAAAAGAUAAAAUAUAUUCUUAA